AUGUUCUGUAACGAAAUCGAUAUGUUAUGUCGAUCAUCAAACUCUAUUUGUUCAAAUGGGAAGGUGAUAAAUUAUAUCUAUUUAUCACCACAGUGUAUUUGUCAAGAUGGAUAUUUACCAGUUUAUCAAGAAUAUUUAGAUUAUUAUGAAUGUAUUCCAGUCUGUGAUAGAUGUUACUCAAUGGAGCAACAUCCUCGUCAAAAACAUUGCGUAUGUCCAGAAGUUGUCCAACGAAAUCAAAUUCGCAAGGUCUAUGAAAUCACAUUUGAUUUUAUGAUUAGAGAUAUACAAUAUUUCAUUUCAUUUACAUCAUAUUGGAAUGAAGACUAUAUUACUAUAGAUUCAACUGAUAUCAAAAUGAUUCAUGGAAAUUACACUACUAGGAAUCAGUCGAAAAGUUUAGAUAAACUUCACCAAAAUUUAAAAUUUACAAUUCUAAAUGAUUUAAACAAGAAAUAUCCACAAACUGUGAUUCAUACAAGAGAAUCUAUACAUUUGCAAGUAGAGUAUUAUUAUCAAAAUAAUUCGUACACAUACAUCAGUAUUGAACAGUGUUCCAUAAGUCAGACAUCACCGUAUGCAAAAUCAGAUGAAAUUAUAAUUGUACAUAAAAAUUGUCUAUUAUAUUCACCUGAAGUUAUUAACGAAAUAAAAUUCCAUUCAAAUCAUUUAUCAACAUAUGGAAACUUUGUCAUUCCAUUGAAUAAAUAUACUUCAGUCAGUAGUAUGAAGUUAUUAACAAAUAUAACAGAAGCCAAUUCAUUUCAAUUGAAUUCAAAUGUAAUGGGAUUUUAUUCAAACGCAAGUUUUACAGCCACAUCAGAACUACAUAUCAAUUGUAUAUUUCGUGUUUGCCAACACAUUAGAUGGUGUGUAUGGCCUUCAUAUUGUAAUGAUCAUAUGAGAUCGUUAGAUUAUGAUGUACAUCAAUCAGAUUUAUCGGAGAGUGAUAUGUUUCCAUCAAUAUUAAUGUUAACGAAAUCGUUGAAAAUUAAAAUUUCCAACUAUAAUUCAAUAUCUCCUUCACCAUAUUCUUCUCCUUAUUCUCCUGUAUUUAUACAGAAUAAAAGUAUAAAUUCGAUUUGUCAAUCUGAUAAUAUAUUUAUCAAAUUCUCUACAAAUUUUAUAAUUUUUAUCAUUUUUUUAAUAAGUGGAAUCAGUUUUAUAACAUUCUAUUAUCAAUGUAAUUCCUCAAUAUAUCAAACUCCCUACAGUCGAUGUUGUUGUCAAUCCUUCUAUCGAUCUAAUCAUGAAAAAUACAAUGGUACUCCAUUGAUUACUUAUAACUUAUGUAAUAAUCCCUUGAAUACUAAAGCUUUACAAUCUAUUAUUGAUGAAAAUGAUAACAAACAUUAUUCUAUGAAUAAUAUGCUUAAAGAUAAAUCUCAACAAAGUUAUCAUUGUUCACAAGUGAGAUGUAUUCAAUCCGAUUGUUCAAUUAAAACUCAUCAUGAUAGAUUUCAUAAUCAAGAGGAGAAUCUAUAUCAUCAUAAUACAUUAAAAGAGAUAAAUAUUCAAAAUUAUGAUGAUAAUGAUAAUGAUGUUGAUGAUGAUCAUACAAUUUGGGACAAAAUUAUCCCAGUUUGUUAUGAAAUGAAAUCCAACUCAAAUAUUAUUGAAAUCUAUAAAAAUCAAUUAUCCUCAUUAUGUCAUUCACAACAAAAAAAUAUUUUAGUUCCUUGUUGUUUACAGAAUCAAAAUUUAUAUUUUCAUCAAUCAUAUUGGGAUAAUAAUACUAUUGAUAAGCCAGAAACUACUUACAAAUCUAUAAGUAGUACUGAUUAUAUAUGUUAUAAUAAAAAUUUUGAUGAUUUAACAAAUAUUGUUACAGUUAAAAAUGAUUUAUCUAGUGAUAAUCAUGAUGAACAAAUAUUCAAUGUAUAA